CACACACACACACACACACUACAACUCCAAACUAUAAUAUCCCUUCACGCACACACACACAUACCCCACACACUUGCAUAAUUGUAACAUAAUCUAUAUCAUACUAAUCUAUAAGGCAACAGUUACACAAACCACGCAUGGGAGAUGGGUUUUGGAGCAGUGUAGUUUGCCUCUGGUAACUUUUCUUGGUUGAGGGCUGUCAACUGAGCGGGAAGCUUAUUUCUCAAAGUGGGCUCUUUAGUUUCACCAUUAAGUCAGAACAGAAUGAAUUCUGCAUCCACCCACUUUGUUCCCUCUAGACGUAUGGGCAUAUACGAGCCGAUCCAUCAACUGCCUAUGUGGGGAGAUUUCAAAGGAAACAACUUGCUGGAUACCUCUUCACCGAUGAUGCUAGAGAUUGAAGCUAAGUUAGACAACCAGUCAGAGGAUACUUCUCAUGGAACUGUUGGACCUUCCAACAAGUAUGAUCAAGAAGCAAGUAAACCAGAUGAUAAGGUACUCAGACGCUUGGCACAGAACCGUGAGGCUGCUCGUAAAAGUCGUUUGCGGAAAAAGGCCUAUGUUCAGCAAUUAGAAAAUUGUAAAUUGAGACUUAUUCAGUUAGAAGAAGAACUUCGGCGAGCCAGACAACAGGGUCUGCACGUAGGUGGUAUAGAUACUAGCCAGCUUGGUUACUCUGGAAGUAUAAACCCAGGAAUUGCUACAUUCGAGAUGGAGUAUGGACACUGGGUGGAGGAACAAAACAGACAAAUCUCCGAUCUGAGGAACGCUUUGCAUUCUGAUAUUGGAGAUAUGGAGCUCCGCAUUUUUGUUGAGGGUGGAAUUAGGCAUUAUUUGGAUCUCUUUACCAUGAAAGCUACAGCUGCAAGUGCAGAUGUCUUCUAUAUUAUGUCAGGCUUGUGGAAAACACCGGCUGAACGCUUUUUCUUGUGGAUUGGGGGCUUUCGGCCUUCAGAACUCCUAAAGGUUCUCUUGCCGCAUCUAGAGCCCUUGUCAGAACAACAACGUUUGGACGUGUGCAAUCUCACACAAUCCUGUCAGCAAGCCGAAGAUGCUUUGUCACAGGGAAUGGAAAAACUCCAGCAUAUUUUAGCCGAAACCAUAGCUACCGCUCAACUUGGCGAAAGGAAUUAUCUUACUCAAAUUCGUGGUGCAAUAGACAAGUUGGAUGCUCUAGUCCGGUUUGUAGUUCAGGCUGAUCAUCUUCGGCAAGAGACCCUGCAGCAGAUCUCUCGUAUUCUUACAACCCGCCAAGCAGCUCGAGGCCUGCUUGCCCUGGGAGAGUACAUGAAACGACUUCGUGCACUAAGUUCGUGUUGGUCUUCGCGUCCUCGUGAGCAACCCUGAGCGGAUGCAUCAGCUCCACUCUCAUUUUAGUUAAACUAUCAGUGUGGUAAGAACUCAACACAAACCUCAGCUGUCUGCCCAUUUUUGAGCUGCUUCCUAUGAUUGAGAAUUUGUACAUAUGAUCAAUUAGCUGUCUGAAGAGGAAGUCUGCAGAUACUUUUUCAGUUAUCUUGUAUUCUUUUUCAGUUUUUGUGCUGAUUGUGCCUUUCAUUGUCUGCUGAGGCAUCAUUCUGUAUGUCUAGUUUUAUUAUUCUAUUUUGACUGUAAAUUUUUCAGGCUUGAUUGUCUCUUGUAUGCGACGGUCCUUAAUAUA